AAGAGCAGCCGGAAAAGCCUCCGCCUGCUCAGACUGGGAUAAGCGAGAAGCUAGUUCCUUCUCGCAGCCGGCUCUUUGAGCCCCAGGAACCGCCGGCACAGCAGCACCAAAGGUCGCGAGCACAACGCGGGCUCAGAUCCAGCCAGGAGCCAGUGGAGAGGGAGAGACUUCAGCACCACGGACAGCGUCCCGCCCGCGGCCCUCCAGCCCGCGGCGCGCUCCGGCCGCUUUAGGCGAGACUCCAAGCUAUGCCAGAGGCAUGGCCUGGCGCUUGGGCCCCAUGGCGAUGCUCAUCUGCUUCGGCCUCCUCGGGCUGUGCUCAGGAGUCUGGGGUACAGACACAGAGGAGCGACUGGUGGAGCAUCUCCUGGAUCCUUCACGCUAUAACAAGCUUAUCCGCCCAGCCACCAAUGGUUCUGAGCUGGUGACGGUACAGCUCAUGGUAUCACUGGCCCAGCUCAUCAGUGUGCACGAGCGGGAGCAGGUCAUGACCACCAAUGUCUGGCUGACCCAGGAGUGGGAGGAUUAUCGCCUCACCUGGAAGCCUGAGGAAUUUGACAACAUGAAGAAAGUUCGGCUCCCUUCCAAACACAUCUGGCUCCCAGAUGUGGUCCUGUACAACAAUGCUGAUGGCAUGUAUGAGGUGUCCUUCUAUUCCAAUGCUGUGGUCUCCUAUGAUGGCAGCAUCUUCUGGCUGCCACCUGCCAUCUACAAGAGCGCAUGCAAGAUCGAAGUGAAGCACUUCCCAUUUGACCAGCAGAACUGCACCAUGAAGUUCCGCUCAUGGACCUACGACCGCACUGAGAUCGACCUGGUGCUCAAGAGUGACGUGGCCAGCCUGGACGACUUCACACCUAGUGGCGAGUGGGACAUUGUGGCACUGCCCGGCCGGCGCAACGAGAACCCGGAUGACUCCACUUAUGUUGACAUCACCUACGACUUCAUCAUCCGCCGCAAGCCACUCUUCUACACCAUCAACCUCAUCAUCCCCUGCGUGCUUAUCACCUCCCUAGCCAUCCUUGUCUUCUACCUGCCAUCCGACUGCGGUGAGAAGAUGACUCUGUGCAUUUCUGUGCUGCUGGCACUCACUGUCUUCCUGCUGCUCAUCUCCAAGAUCGUGCCGCCCACCUCCCUGGACGUGCCGCUUGUCGGCAAGUACCUCAUGUUCACCAUGGUGCUCGUCACCUUUUCCAUCGUCACCAGCGUGUGCGUGCUCAACGUGCACCACCGCUCACCCACCACGCACACCAUGGCGCCCUGGGUCAAGGUCGUCUUCUUGGAGAAGCUGCCCACGCUGCUCUUCAUGCAGCAGCCCCGCCACCGCUGCGCCCGCCAACGCCUGCGCCUGCGGCGGCGCCAGCGGGAGCGCGAGGGAGCCGGAGCCCUCUUCUUCCAGGAAGCUCUGGGGGCUGACUCCUGCACGUGCUUUGUCAACCGCGCGUCGGUGCAGGGCUUGGCUGGGGCCUUCGGUGCGGAAUCGGCGCCGGCAGCAGGCCCCGGGCGCCCCGGGGGGCCGUGUGGCUGCGGUCUCCGGGAGGCAGUGGAUGGCGUGCGCUUCAUUGCGGACCACAUGCGCAGCGAGGACGACGACCAGAGCGUGAGUGAGGACUGGAAGUAUGUCGCCAUGGUGAUUGACCGUCUGUUCCUUUGGAUCUUUGUCUUCGUCUGUGUCUUUGGCACCAUCGGCAUGUUCCUGCAGCCUCUCUUCCAGAACUAUACCUCUGCCACCUUCCUCCAUGCAGACCACUCGGCUCCCAGCUCCAAGUGAGGCCCUCCCCAACUCCAUGCUCCUUCACCCCUCUGCCCUCUGUUGUACAAUAGUUUUGGGUGGAGGAGGGACAAGUGAGCUACCAGGAAGAGGGGUGCUGCCCCCACAGACCCAUCUUUUCAGUUCACCCAGAGUCCCUCCCCCACCCCCUCCCGCUACACCCAGCCAGCGUCAACCUGGAGGCUGGGGUCAGCUGCAUCGAGUUCUGGCUGCUCUCCUCCUCACAUACUGAUGCAAACAGUAGUGUUGCUGGUAGAGGAUGAAGGCUGAGAAGUGGAGGAUGGAGAUGUCAGAGCCUUCGAUCCUGAGGAGAGUGUGAUGGGGAAGGGGCCAAGAAGGGAACAGAAUCAUCUGCUGCCUCCAAGUCAUGGGAGAAGGGGUGCGUGGGAGGAUGGGGCAGGACAGGGGCUCCAGCUCUGUGCUGGGCUGGCCUGACACCAUGGCAGCUCAGAAGGGAGGAGCAAGGGGAGAGGCCGGGUGUGACUUGCUGUCAGCCCAUUUAAGUCGACAGCAGCUGAGCUGGGUGGGCCUCACAGAGGGCAGGGUUUCCUGCCCAGAGGUUAGCCUGGUACUGUGGUCAGAGUCCUGGGAGAGGCUUCCAGCCCAGUCCCACAGCCCCUCAUUUCUAAGGGGUCCAGACCUCAGUCCCAGGUCUCCUUCUCCCAGUGAAGAAUUCUCUGUACCCCCUAAACUUCCUUUUUCUUUCUUUCUUGCUCAGGCCAGGUAUGGAGGGGGGCAAGCCUAGGUAUUAGGGGAGCCUCUGAGUCUUUGGGUGAUCUGCUUGAAGGUUUGAGGUCCAAAUUCCCAAACUGUGGGAGUUCAAGUUCAUAGGCUGUUUUUCUUCCCCGUUUGAACCGACUGGUCGUUGGAGUAAGUAAACCAAGGAUGUUAGCUUUAAGCAGACCCAGCCCUUCUGCCUGCAGCAGAGCAGGCUGGGCAGUAGAGGGCUGGCUCUGGAGGCCAGCCAAGCAGGGUGUGAAUGGCCAGAACUCUGCCACAUCAGCACGGCUCCUGCUCCCAUCCUUCUGUUCAAGGCUCCAUCCUUCCUGCUCUGGCUCCUCCCCUUCCCCCUCCCAACCAAACCUGCAAGGGGCUGAAGCAGAGCUGUGGAAGGACAGGUCUGCCGCCGCUGGUCUGCACAGCGGACUAAACCGCGGGCACAGGCUUCCGCUUCCCAUCCUGUGGGUCCCUGGAGGCCGUAUCCUGACGCUGUUCUCAGGGGCCAGCGGGAGGCCACCUGGCCUGUUAACCCAGGAAACAGACCUCUUAAGGGAUCUCCUGGCCUGGCCAAAUGACUGGCUCUGAUUUGUGGUCCCAGCCUGGGCUCAGUGCUGGGCCAACGGGUGGCCCACAGAGGGGUCAGUCUGCCCAGCGCACCCGAGGGGCCUGCCUGUUCUGCUCUCUGGAGCCUGGCUGGACUUCUGCCCCUCCAGGCACUGCGGAGGUGGGAGAUGACACAGCGCAGGUGAAGAGCACUGGACAGGGACCAGAGUCUGGGUUCUAGUACCCGCUGACACUUACUUACUCAGCCAUCUGGAGCAAGCCUCUUGGUCUCCCUAGGCCUCAGCCUCUUCACCUAUAAAACGGGGAGAGUAAGGCCCCCUUUGUGGGGUUACCGUGAGGAAGAAGUGCAGUUUGUGAAGCAGCCCAGUGCUGUGCCUGGAGCAGAGUAAUGCUUCGUGAACGUGGAGCCUGAGAGGCAGUCAGAGCCGGCCACCCAUCAUAUCGUCUUCCUCCCAGACUCAGCUUACCUUGCAGCAAACAGUCCCCUGAAACAGGGUCUGGGUCUAGGGGAGCUGGAGCUGGAGAGGAACAAUGCAGGGGAUGCUGGGGUGAGUCUAUCGGGCAGGCUGCUCUCUGGCGUGCCCUCCGCAGAGGUGCAUUCCAUACCCGGGCUGAGCUCUGGCCCUGGCCUCCCUUCCGGACCAGCUCCUCCCGACGCAGGCGUGUGCUCAGGCCACCCAGGUGACCUUGUCCCGUCCUGGCCAUGGAAGAACAUCACUGGGAUGUUGAGCCAGCAGCCGCAUAUGAUGUGCUCAGCGCAUUUCCCCACCUGUUGGUGGACAUCUCUUCUGGGAGGUGAGUGUCUCAGCACUGUGGAGACUCCCUUCUUCGAGAACAGCAACUUGAGAGUUGCCUGUAUUAUGCCUGGACCCACUGCCAACUUGCAGGCUUGAGGAGACAUCCCAGAACCCGAAACAGCUAGUGGACAGGAACCCUCCCUCUGAAGGGUAGGUGCCGGCCUGGGGCCCUCCUGCCCAGCUCUCCUGGGCUCCUCGCCAGGGCCUGAGCUGCUGGGGAGGCCCAACAGCGGCUGCUGUGGCUGGACCUGCUUUCAGUACUUCCCACAAGUGGCUGUUGCCCAAGUAAGUCACAGACAGUGCCGGGGGGCUGUUGGAGAGCAGCUUGUCUACCUCCUCUCCACGACCCACCUGACACACAGGGAAACCGAGGCCCGGAGACUGUGGCCCAACCUUGUACCACUCCGAACUUGCUCGUCAUCUGUGACGUGGGGCGACAGAGCUGGCUGAGGGCUGCAGCAAGGAAGAGAGGGACUGAUAUGUAAGAAGGGGUUAAUGGGGCAGGGUCCCUGGGGCAGUGCCAUUCCCUCCAUCACUGGGUGCAGCCCCUUGGGGACCAUGCCAGAGGUAAGGAGGGGAGAACAGAGGCAGAGGAAGGAGGGCUCAGGCAAGGUGUCACCCCGUGUCAGUAGAGUCUUAACUCUCAGGGCGCUGGGGGGCUUUGGAGAACCAGUCUCUUCCAGUCGUGGGUCCUCCGUCUUCUUCUCUUGGGGUCGUCAGGGCAGCCCCUUGGCCCCUUCCAUGGAGGGGGGCUGUCUUUGGAGAGAACUUGGGUACCCAGCUCAGUGCCGGGCCAGGACUGGAGGCCCCAGAUCUAAAGGGGGAGGUGGAGAUCCUGGAUCAAACCCAAGCAAGGUGGGCUUGGGAGGGACAGCAAGGAAACUGUUGGGAUUGUCUCCAUCAGAGGAAGGCCGCAGGCCAUGGGAAAACCAUUUUUGUCGGAGAAGAGGGCACGAAAGACUCGCUGUUGCCAGCUGGCACUGUGGCAGGUGGGAGGCAGCGCCCCGGCAGUGAGGUAUCUAAUCCUGGGACAGCUAGUAGCAAGUUAUCGCAGGUGUAAAAGCAAGUGAGACGUGGGCAGCCCCCGGCUGGCUUUUUCUGUGGAGGAGGGCUAUCUGGGCGGGAAGGGCAAGGUGGCUUCCCUCUAAGGAGACAGGGUGGAUCUGGGGGCUCCUGUUCUGCGUCUCCUUCCAAUCCCAGUAUCAGCUCCUGUUUCCUGGUGACCCACUCUGGGCCAGCUGCUUCACACACCGUCUUAAUUAUCUCACAACAAUCCUGCAGGGAAGGGGGCCCUGUUGACAAAAGAAAAAUGAAGCUCAGGGGGACCAAGUGACAGCUGGUGAGUAGUGCUGGGCCUGAAACCCAGGACUGAGCCCAGAGUCCAGGCUCUGUGUGGCCUUCGAGGCAGGAGGGCGGAGGAGCGCUCCUUGGGAGGGAAGUGAGGCAUUUGGGGUCUUCUCUGAAGCCCCUCCCCACUCAGUUUCAACUGUCACCCUCUGCUUGUAGGCAGAGUUGGGCUGGCGUCACAGCAUCCCUCACAGGCUGGCUGGUGCCGGCCAGUCGCCCACCCAGACUAGACAGAGAAUAAGCAGCCACCUUUCAGUACUCAUCCCACGGGCCUCGGAGGUCAGUGCGGUGGCUACAGGGUCCCAAGGGGCUACUGGGCUCUAGGAGUCACUAGGACACCUCGCUCACCCACUCGUGGUCCCCCAUCGCCCCCACGCUGGCCUUGGCCACCCCUGCCUGCGCUCCUGGAAUAUUUGCACUGGUCUAGCCCACCCCAGGCCAGACUCAUUAGGAACUCAAGAUUCUCAUAAAGAAAGUUGUUUCCAAAGAUGUCUUAUCUCUGUUAUAUUUGGGGGGCACGGGGAAAUCCUCAUGGGCCAGGGCUGGCAAAUAAGGGGAAAAGGGAGAAUACUGGGGACAAUGGACCGUGAGAGGUUCAAGACAGUACAAGGGUCUGAAGAAGCCUUGCAAGCCUAUGCAUCAAAUGGAAAAGAUAUGGCCAAAUAGCUGGGCCCACAGUAGA